CAUUUAGAGGGGAGAGCGAGGGAGAGAGUGGGAGUUUCUAAGUGGGAACAGAGCUUUUACUGUUUCAUAUUACAGAGAAAAGAGGAGAAAGAGGAGAAGAGUUAAUGGUGGGUAAGGGCUCUGGUGGGUUGUGCAGCCAGCCUCUGUUUUGAAUGUAGCUGCUUGUGAAAGUGCAGGGCAGUUGUCUGGGUUUAUGGAUUCGCAGACUGUGGAAAAUGUACUUCUCUAUAGUGGUCCUUGUCCUGACUAAGACUCUAGUCACAGAGGUAUGUCACGCUCUGAACGUGACAGUCACCCCUAGGCCUUUGGUCUUAGUCGCAGAGAGAGACAAUCUGACUUUGUCUUGUCAAGUGUCGGACCGCAAGUGGAAUAGCAGUGUCCUCAUUAUUCGCUGGUUCUUCUCUCCUUUGACUUCUCCAACUCUGCAGCCGCCUCCUCUUCCAACCACUUGUCCCACUGUCCUCUUACCCUCCCAGUUUCUGAUUGUGAGGAGAGGCAUAAAGAAAAUAAACCAGUAUGGAAACUACAGCCGUCGCUUCCCCAAGCAGAAAUUUCGUUUCAUUGACGAUGUGGCAGGAAAAGUGUACCAGUUACUCAUCGCCAACGUCACAGGAAUGGAUCAGGGCUUUUAUAGCUGUAGAGUUCAGGAGAUCCGAAAAUACAGGAACACGUGGAGAACCUCCUCCAAUGGCACCAGCACCACACAGCUAUCAGUGCACUUUAGUCCUGAGGAUGGCAGCAGUGAGGGGCUGUGGAGCUUAUUUGCAGAUGUGUAUAUGUGUGCUGUGUUGAUCUGCUCACUGGGCCUGCUGUCCAUCUUCUUGUUCUCCCUCUUCUUAACUGGCCAGUACUUCUACAGGCGACGCAGGCUCAAAGCCAGUUAUCUUUUCGUCAAAUGUCCAGAAAGCAGCUCUGGAGAAACUGUUACUAGCUCCAGUAGUUGCUCCAGUUCUCCACCAAGAACACAGAGAAAAGAGACGAGACAGCAGGUUGACAGAGGACCACCAGUGACCCCACCUAGACUAGCUGAAGAGCCACUGUUUCAGCCACCAGUCAGAGCGCCUGUUGCAGCAAAGAGGCCGCAGAAGCCCAGAAGGUUGAAGACUCAGCCAAGGAGAUCUGCCACUUCUCGAGUAUCACAAGAAGACAGCCUGACGUAUGCAGAACUGGAGUUGGUCCGACCGAGGCAGGAACCACCAGCCUCCUCCGGCCCUGAUGCCACACCCACCAGCCCUGACACUGUGUAUGCUCAGAUCCUCUUCCAGGAAGAAAAGCUAUAGAGCUGGCAGCUCGGUUCCUCCUGGUGAGGGCAGAGGUCCAGUUUUCCACCCAACAAACGAACAAAGCAGCAUCUAAAGGAACAUAUUUAUGAACUAUGAGUAUGAUAUUUAGCUUCUUUAAUGAAAGAUGCCACAUUUGUGGGUAAGUUUGUGGGUUUUUUUUUUUUUUUGUUGGGCCUAUGUUUUUUUGAUAGCAUUGCUGGUCUGUGAGUCUGUUUUUUAUAGCCCUGAUUUAGUGUUAACUUCUAUCUAUAAACCUAUGAGACUGUGCUCGAAUAAACUAUUGUCCGUGAGAUUUUUAUGGCACCAUCUUGACACUUUAACAAUCAGCUUUUGAAGUUAAUUCCUUAUUACUGUAUUAAAACUCAGUAUUAAUAAA